UGCCUGAACCAUAUCCAUCGCAAGUGACCAGAUAACACAGUCUGACAGCCAUGCAGAUUCUCCGCUCCAUCCAAACAUGCAGUGUGGUCAGAGAAAUCCUGAAACAUGUGACAAUUUCAUGUGUACUGAUGAAGUUUGGGCAGCGUGUCCAGAGUGCUUGUGUUUCUUAUGCUUCCUUCAUUUUAACUUACGUGAUGAUUGCCUUUGUCAUAAUCUUGCAUUCAAUCUCAGUGAAAUUCCACUUGACAUCAGUUCAAGUGCAUCACAGUACCAAGGGCUCACCAACGAAGAAGAAAGGAACAAUGAAGACGAGGUUAUGCCGUUAAUGGAAUCAAGAAGAGGAAACUUUGAAAACCAAGCCUCAUUGGAUACAAGAGUUGAAGAGAACGGAGAUCAGGUACUGAUGGCGACUCUGGAAUCAAAACAAUCCGAUGCGACCGACUCAUUAGAUAUUCCAGAGCAUCUUGAAGAAGCUAGCCUUCCCCAGGAAUCAGCUGAUAAUAGUCAACUGUCUCCUGAAUCAUUUCAAGUAGAUGGGGAAAGAGCAUUGGAAGUGCCAGAGCAGCCAAAGACGGUGAAGAGUAGAAAUCAAUUAGUCAAAGAACGGAGAAAUGCUGGUUACAGCUAUGAGAGUGAAAAGAGUAAGGAACUAAAAGCGGCGAGGAGAUUUGCUAGCUACGAAACCUCAUGUGAAAAGUGUCAUUUCAGAGGACUUAGUUGCAACACUCGUGAAGCUAUUAGAUCAGCUUUUUAUGACCUUGCUGAUCUGACAAAGCAGAGAGAAUGGAUUGGACGGCACACCGAACAGAUUCAAGAAAAGAAGUCAAGAAAGAUCAGAAAAUGUGCGUAUUUCCUGCCCAAUGCAGGUGAUCCAUGCAUUAAAGUUCGUGUAUGCAAAGCGAUGUUCGUGGGAACAUUAGGUAUAUCAGAGAGGCAAGUGAAGACCGUGCUUGGAAAGAAGAGACCAUACGGCUGCCUUGAAGGUGAAGGAAGGGGUGGCAGGCAGACGUCUGACAGAGACGCUCUAUUACGUGAAGGGGUGAAGCGGCACAUUAAUCAAUUUCCGCGUCAAGAAUCUCAUUAUUGUCGGGCCAACAGUCGAUGUGAAUACCUUUCAGAAGAUCUCAAUCCUGAGAUCAUGUAUCGCAUGUACAAUUCAUCUACAGAAGGUACAGAGGAAUGUGCUUCUUUAUCUCUUUACAGGAAGGUUCUGAAGAAGAUGAAUAUCAAGUUCCAUCAUCCGAAAAAGGACAUGUGCCCCUUGUGCGAAACCUACAGACGUGGGAAUCCCAAAGAGAGGGAGAAAUUGCAGGGGCAUACAAAGUUCACAUUGCUGAAAAAGAAAAAGUAAGAGAGUUGAAGAGUCUUGCUAAGGAAAGAGCUUCAGUUGACCACACAUUUGUCUCUGCAGUUUUCGAUCUGGAGCAGGUCAUUUACUUGCCGAAGUCCCCACAAUCUGACAUUUUCUACAAACGUAGACUCAGCAACUACAACUUCAC